UCCCUUACUUUCAUCUAAUUAUGCUGUGCAUGAAAAAUGGCAUCUAAAAUCAAGGUAGCAAUUACUGGAGCCACAGGGAGGACUUCUUGCUCCUUGGUGCGCAAGAUUCUGACUGCGAAGGAUUGUUUCGAUGUUCCAAAAUGCCUUCUAAGGUCUAUCGCUAAAGCAAAAGAGAAGUAUGAAGAUGUAUGGGGAGAGUUGGAAGGCAACUGCCACGAAGUGGAUAUCACUGCUGAUAACAGCACAGAUCUCAUGACAGAGCUUUUCAAGGACUGCAAUGCUCUAGUUAUUCUUACAAGUGUUGUUGUAGGAUUCAAAGACGGGAGAGUUUUUUUCUUGCCUGAUGACGGAACAAAUAAAGGUAGUCCUGAGUUGGUGGAUUGGAUUGGUCAGCAACGUCAAGUUGAUGCAGCGAAGAGAGCUGGCGUUGCACAUAUAGUGAUGGUUGGAUCAAUGGGAACAACAAAAGCUGCUCCGGACGAAUUUAUGGGGUGUUUCAAGUACAAGCGACAAUCCGAAGAUUAUCUGAUCGAGAGUGGCCUCACCUACACUAUCGUGAACCCGUGUAUGCUCGUGGAUGGAGAAGAGGGAACAAGGGAACUUGUUUUCAGCAAGAGCGAUAAACUACAUUUCAGUGGAUCCUCCAAAGAGUAUCAAGUGGCUAGGAAGACUGUAGCAGAAGUUGUAUUUCAGACACUGCUUGUGCCUGAGGCUAAGAAUAAAGCAUUUGAUUUGCUCGGUCGUGUUGAGAUACCGCCUACAAAAGCUGUCGACUAUGUUGCUGUUUUCAAGGAAAUGACUCCUGGACUUUAAGGACAGACUUUUAUAUCUGUAUGUCAUAUCUAGAAUUAAACUCUUGAUAUUUUAAGCUGUAAGUUUUUAACGUUUGAAAAUGGGGAAUGAUUAUAUUGGUAUGAACUAUAAUUAUA